CUCGAGCUCCGACCUGAAAACCACUGACGUCAGGAUUUGACCUCAUAUUUUUCCGAGAUCCCAGUUAUUUUGAACGCAAGAUAAGAACAGGGCACUUACACGUUUUAUUUAGUCACGCCCUUUGAGCUAUGACGUCAACCAAUAACAUCCUUUCUCUUCAGUAUUAACCCAAGUAAAUAAUGACCAAGAACAAUUUCCAUGUUAGCGGUUUUAUUGUUGUUAUUUAGACCUUUAUUAAACACCAUGGAACUGAAUAUAUGAUUAAUUUAACUGCACAGCAUCACAUACUUACCCCAUGUAGUCUUUAAUUCGCGUUGGAGACAGGACUUGGUUGAUACGCGUUAUACGCUUGCUAGCUGCUAACGUUAGCUAACAAUGGCUAACUUUAUGGUUUUUCACACUCAAAUAGCCUCCAUUAUGGAGGUGCUAGCGAAUGCGGCCGUGGCAGAUAUAUGUAAACUCGUAGACGACGACUAUGCAGUGUUUCGUUUGGAAAUAACUCAAAGCCAGAAAGAAAACAGGGAAUUGCGGAGGACACUUCAACUACUGGAACGGAACGUGGCACGGGAACGUGCAGAGAAGACAACGCAGGAGCGCGUGCUCGCCAGUCGUCUCAGUAGACGAAUGGCAAGAGGUGAAGGACAUCUCACAGGUGGCCACAGGACCUUUGCAAAGCCAGCAGGACACAACACGUGGAGAGAUGAUCAACCCAUAGCAAUAGAUGAGGGGAGUGGAACCUCAACCCAGCAUGUUAUUGUGAUAGAGUCUGUAGCGGCUGCAGGUCCUGGGGUUAUGCAGGAGAGACCUGAAGGAGAGGAGGACCCAAGACACAGAAGAAACAUCCUGACUGGAGAGGCUGGAGCGCCCCCUGAAGCCAUGGAGGACCUCACCGCCGCCGCACCCCUGCCCAGGACCGAACACAGCAUCACAGAGGAGGAGGGUCCAGAGUUGCUGUUGGUGAAGGAGGAGAGGUGUGAGGAGGGUCUGGGGAACCCUGAGGGGCCCAUGGUCAUGGAGGACAACCAGACUACACCUCCUGAACCCACAGAGGAACCAGCUGAGCAGCACAGGACCACACACAGUCUCACUGAGUCAGUAGACAUGGAGGAUGGGAAGCCUGAUCUGCUGCUGGUCAAAGAGGAGACAAUAGAAGAUGGACCAGAGAGCAUUGAUCUGCUGAGUGGAUUAAAGAUGAGGGAGCAAGGUGGUUGGCUGGAGGCUAACAGAGGAGACUGGGCGGCCAUCUUGGAUUCCCAGGCUCAGAUGGGUGCAGCCAAGGACCCAGGGGACAACAUCACCGAGCAGGCCAGGACCAGAGGCAACAUAGUGGAGUCUGAGGACCUGCUGAUAUCUGGUGUUGCUGGUGGAAGAGACUGGACCUCUGAAGCAGCUGGUCGCAAACCCUGGCCCCAGAUCAGAACCCUGGAUCAGGAGCCGUCGCUCUUCCUUCCCAAGUCGGAACCAGGACCCAACCAAGAGGGACAGAGACUCCACACAGAACACAACCAGUGGACAAGUGGACUGAACAACCUCAGUCCUGGUGGACAUCAGAGAGACAGAUGCUCCAGUCAGGGAUCUAGUCUGCAGCCCAGACCCUUCUCUUCACAGUCUCAGUGCAGGGAUGGAGCAGGUCCUGGGGCUGAUAGAGAUAGACCCUUGUGUUCCUAUGAUACAAACAGCACAGUAUCCAUGUUGAGCAGAGCAGGUCACCCUGGGAUUCAGCCUUCACAGGGAAUGGUGGAAGACCCCCCUGGUGGUAGUCUUUCAGGAAGUCUGUCUUCUGCUUCAGGAUCUAGUCUAAUGCUUGCUGACUGGGUUCAUAGAAGGCCUGGACCUGGACCUGGGUCUAGCCUUCCUCAACUACCUCAUGGUUACCCCACCAAUACAGACAGGGUCAGGAUGGGUGUUCACCACAAGAGGUACCUAGCCUUUAACACAUCACACAAUCCUAACAACACCCAAACAAUGACUAGAGGUCAAGGAGGGAGCUCAAAGACUAACCACCUGAGGGUGGUGGCUCCUGCUUCUACCUCCUCUGGUGUCAUUGGGUCACAACGUGGGAAGCCAGGCAUUAGGACGGACGCUGACAAGCCGUACGCCUGCCCCACGUGUGGGAAGCGCUUCACCGAGGCGACUUAUGUGAAGAGGCACCAGACUGUUCACACCAAGGAGAGGCCCUUCAAGUGCAAACUAUGUUACAAGAGCUUCUCAUUCCUGAGUAACCUUAUCAGACAUAGGAGUGUUCACAAUGGGGAGAAAUCGUAGCAGUGUGGCUUGAGAUGUACACAGGGGAUGUCUGAGAACCAUUCUUUAGCUGACAUAUUAUAGUUAUCAUGUGAAGUGUCUUGUGGUAAGAGGGUUUUUUGGAUUACUAAGUCCCUCAGUUGAACAUCUGGGUAUGCAGUCUUUCUCACAUGAAACAGACUUAUUUUUUGGUGUGCUGGCAUACUUAUUGUCAUUGAAGUGUUUGUCUCUGAAUUUGUCUGUUCUAUUCAUAACAAAUAUACUGUCCCUCUUUUGUAUAACACCCCCUUCCCCCAAAAAAACAUUAUUUGACAUAAUCAGGUGGUAGCUAUUCCUUUAUGUACUAUAAAUAGGUGAUCAAAUCUGUUAAUACAUGAUAAUUCAUGUUCUUUUGAUAUGUUAACUUUUUAUUUUCUUGUUUAUCAUUUAGAAUUAAUGUAACGAUGUGCGCUGAGAGUCGGGAGGUUCAGGGAGUGAGGGUUUUAAUAAAUAAAUGCAACAUGACACGAACAA